UCUACUUGAUUUAUGUUUCCUGUCUUUCUGGUGGAAGCCUUUAAAACACCAGAGUUGCUGGUUUUGGUUCAGUUGAGUCGACAUCAUGGCGUCAGAGAAAGACCUUCUUGUGGCUGCUGCUGUUUUUAUUUUUGCCCUCAUUUCACACAGUGAGGGCAUACUCGGUGGCAGAGAGGCGGAGCCGCACUCUCGGCCCUACAUGGCCUCCAUCCAGAUGCCAGAAGGAGAUAAUAUGAAGCAUGAGUGUGGAGGUUUUGUGAUUGCAGAUCAGUGGGUGAUGACUGCAGUCCACUGUCUGCCAACAGGGCCCAAUGGAAGGAAAGUAGUGCUGGGUGUCCAUUCUCUGAGUGAACCUGUACAGACAAACCAGACAUUUGAUAUUUUGGAACUUCACAAUCACCCAGACUUCAGCACAUCAAAUUACGACAAUGACAUUGCUUUAAUUAAGUUGGAUCGUCCGUUCAACACCUCUGAGGCUGUUCAACCGCUGGAGUUCCUGCGAGCAGGCGGCACAAACCCCGGCACGGGUGCAGAGGUGGACACGGCCGGGUGGGGAUCCAUGGAUAACCUGGGGUCCAGACCAGACAAGCUCAAGGAGGUGGUCGUCGAGGUGGUCAGCUCAGCUCGGUGCAGACGCAGCGACUACUUCGGCAGAGGAAAGUUCACCAAUAACAUGAUAUGUGCAAAUAGAAUAUGCUCACACCACUGUGAUCAACCUACAGAAGACACCUGUGACGGCGACUCUGGAGGUCCUCUGCUCUACAAUGGCAUCGCGGUUGGCAUCACUUCCAAUGGAGGAAAGAAGUGUGGCCAAGCUAAAAAGCCUGGAAUUUACACGGUCAUCUCCCACUACACUGCGUGGAUUGACAACAUCAUGGCCCUGCAGCCCACUGGAACACCAGACCAGAGCAGCUAAAUAAAGGAGAGCGCACAUCACAUUAUUAGCAGCACAUUUUUACACGUUUUUAGUCGCAGUCCUGCUUCUACUGAGUCACUGAUUAUUCUACAUGGAUAUGUUCAUAUGUUGGACAGAAGUGUUCCUUUCUCAUUUGCAACUAAUGCAUGGCUCUAGUGAUAGACCUUCAGUAUGUUGAACAUACUACAACCACCUGUACAAACAUUUGCCAUCACUUCAUAAAAGAAUCAAUAAAAUACAGUUGAUCACA